AUGCAUGCUCUUACCGAGUUUCACUGGGGUUUAGUUAAGUGUAUUCUUCGUUAUCUCAAGAGUACAAGUACCUUUGGUAUACUUCUUCGGCCAUCACCUUAUUUACAAUUAUCUUUCAGUGCAUAUACCGAUUGUGAUUGGGCUGGUUCUCUUGAUGAUCGUCGUUCUACUAGUGGAUAUUGUGUUUAUUUAGGUGGAGAUAUUAUCUCCUGGAGUGCUCGUAAACAGAAAACAGUAUCUCAUUCUAGUACUGAAGCUGAAUAUCGGGGACUCGCUAUUGCUACUGCUGAAAUUAUGUGGAUUCAGUCGCUCAUUUCGGAGCUUCGUAUAUCUACACGUUCUCCUCCCAUAUUAUGA